AUGUCCGCCGUCAUCGCCCGUCCGUUGAUGCGGACCUCCUUCAGGACCGCUCGCGUCUCCGCCCGAUCCGCCGCCCGCUUCGAAUCGACCAGCGCCCAGAAGGCGACAGAGGCCGCCAAGGAGACCGCCACCAAGGCGUCGCAGGGCCUCAGCCGCGUCACCAGCUCUGCCGGCCCUGCCAUCGUUGGCGCUGCCAAGGGUGUCGCCGGCGCCUUGAACAAGGUCGGCGGCCGGACCGGCAAGGUCAUUCGCUUUGUUGAGAAGGACAUCCCCUUCGUCGUCUACUACGCCAAGGUCGCCCUCGAAGUAUCCAAGAUUGUCGUCCGCAACCAGAAGAUGACUCCUCCAUCAAUCGAGACCUUCCAGGCUUACUUCCAAAAGGCCCUCCAAUCCGCCAAGAACCCCGGCGCCCUCCUGGCCUCCGCCUCCCAGACGGCCAGCUCCGCCGCCUCCCGGCCCGGCACCGCCGCCCAGCGCCUCCGCGGCCUCGACAGGGCCGCCAUCCUCGCCGGCGGCGUCGUCCUGGCCGAGUGCCUCGGCUUCUUCACCAUCGGCGAGAUGAUCGGCCGCUUCAAGAUCGUCGGCUACCACGGCGAGGCCCCUGCUGCUGCCGCCCACCACUAA